ACUAGAGAUGCAGAUCACGCAUCUUCCAAUACCCUUUGACCUCAAAUUCAUUAAUGUUUAAGGGUUUACCCCGCCUUCCCCUCAGACCUCAGAUACGAUUCAGAAUAUGACGCGUAUUUGGCUUUCUAGAAGUCUCCACGACUGUCCAGAUUGUGAUCCCGGAGGAAGUCCGAUCGUCAGGAGCCCUACGUAUGAUAUGGGGCAUUCCUUGGUAUUGCUAAUAGUGUUAAGCACAGUCUUUACACGAGCUUCGACGGGGCUAGGCCUUUGUUGCCUCGUCUCGAGGCCUGGGUUGAACCCUCCUGACUUAUUAUCAAGUCGCACUAUGGUGCUUUGAAGCCCUUCUAUUUAUAAACUUACUAAGAAGAUGAAAGGUAAAACUGACUUUCCUGAGUGGCAGUUGCUGGGUUCGAUUGGGCCUAUUUAGACUAAGGCCACGUUAAGUCUUUUU